GAGAGAGAGAGAGAGAGAGAGAAAGAGAGAGAGAGAGAGAGAAGAUUGCAUUGAGCAUGUCCAACACAGAAGACAGAAGAUGGGUGAAAAUGAAAGAUUCAGGGGAUUUGUAUGAAGAUGCAGACGUGGAACAGAGCCAAUAAUAAACAAACAGCUUUAAUUGUAAAAGUACAAAUUAAUAUUAAGAAUUUAUAUUGCUAGAUAAUUAAGUGGGCACCAUUGUCAUGUGGAUCCAUCCUGAGUGGCCAACCCUCCGUUUAAAGAAAACUGCACAUUCUCAACCAAACAGGACAGUACGGGAGAUGAACUUUGUGAUGAACGUUGUUGCUGGUGUCCUGCUGACCCUGAGCUGCUGUACCUGUUCCCCUGUAGCAGAACCCCCCACCAGGACAGACCAGAAGAAGCUGAAGUAUCUCAUCGAGCCGCCUGUUUACGCCGAAGUCAUCGCCCGUCGAGGGGAGAAUGCCUCGCUACCCUGCAUCCUGCAGACCAAACCCAACCACUUCAAGGUCAAGUGGACCAAACUUCAGCCAGAGAACCCAGGACCAGAGAACAUAGUGCUGAUAUCCAACGGAUACGCCUUCAAACUCUAUGGCCUUCUGGGUCCUCGAGUCUCUCUCCGGAACGCUCACACCAUGGACGCCUCGCUGCACAUCCACCAUCUUGAAUUACAAGAUGGCGGACGGUACCGCUGCGAGCUCAUCAACGGGAUUGAGGACGAGAACGUGAUUGUAACUCUGAGGAUCGAAGGGGUGGUGUUUCCAUAUCAGAGCCAAAAUGGCCGCUACAAAUACAACUUUGUGGAGGCCCAGCAGGCCUGCGCACAACAAGAUGGGGUGCUGGCUACCUUCAACCAACUCUACAGAGCCUGGACGGAGGGUCUGGACUGGUGCAACGCCGGCUGGCUGGGGGACGGGACGGUCCACUACCCCAUCCUGAUCCCCCGGGCCGAGUGUGGCGGGGACGACCUGCUGCCCGGGUUACGCAGCUACGGGCCCAAGGACAAGCAGCGCGACCGCUUCGACGCCUUCUGCUUCACCUCGUCCACCCCGGGUACCGUGUUCUACGAAACAGGACCGUUCUCCUACGAUCAAGCGAACCAAGUCUGUAAGAAAGUGGGGGCGGAGCUAGCCCUGGUCGGCCAUCUCUACUCUGCCUGGCGGUUCCUGAGCUUCGACCGCUGCCAGGGCGGUUGGCUGCGUGACGGCAGCGUUCGCUUCCCCAUCGCCUUCCCCCGUGAGCGCUGUGGAGGAGUUCCUGAACCGGGCAUCCGCUCCUUUGGGUUUCCCGCCAAAACGCAGCGUCUUUACGGAGCGUAUUGCUAUCGGUUAUCAGCAGCCUGAGAUGACUCCCCCUCCCUGUCGUACUACACGCCUCUUUAAAGUUAAAGGUGACAUAUUAUUUCACCAGGUGUGAGUGUGAUCAGCCGUUGCAAAGCGUUUUGAAAAUUGGCCUCUUCACAAGUGUGCGUUAGUGCGUGUCCACCUAGAUGUGUGCCGGAUAGAUCCGUAUACCAGCCUACCCAGUGGAGUGUAGCAAACGUUGCUCAUCUAACCGGCACACAUAGGUGGACACGUCCAUUUGUGAUGUCAGAAGAGGCAGAUUUUCAAAAUGGCUUGUAAGUAACGGCUAAUCACACUCACACCUAACGAUAUAAUAUUUCACCUUUAAUAGAAGACGGCAAAUGCAGAGCAACUUCUUCAGUGUGACUGACUUUACAUCUUUUGUGUGGUGUUGACAAGAACUAACACAAGUUUGGGAUGAGCGAGGUACUUUCAAUAAAAGGGGCCAUUAGGCCUAUGUAUAACAUGGAGAAUCUGUUUCGGAACCCAUAAAAAGCCCAAAUACAUGAUUAUUGAUGAUGAUUGAUGUUUUCUGGCUAUAGCAUCACUAGUACUUUUCAGCUAACAUAGGUUUGUAGUUUUAUUCAUGAACUAGAAUCACGCUAAAAUAUACCCAUAAAUAAAUGUGAAACAUAGCCGCAAUUCAUUAUUUAUGCAUUGCAACAUUGUACCAAGCAUAUUUUAAAUUUUCAGCAUGCUUGAUGUAUUUUCCAUUGAAAAAAAACCCCUCAUUUAUUUUCAAAUGUGUUUAUCUUGUAAUGACAUCCAUUCAUUUCACUCCAUGUAAUGAGCCUCUAUACUAACAUCACUAUUCAAAAUAAAUUCUGCAGUUUCGAAAUUGUAUAAUAAAGAUCUUGACAUGUA